AUGGUCAUAUGUCCCAAGUCGCGGCGGACUUUCUGUCCAGGUGCUUGUAAGAAGCACACCCUGCACAAGCAGGUCCAGUACAAGAAGGGAAAGGACUCAUUGUACGCACAGGGGAAACGGCGGUAUGAUCGAAAGCAGAGCGGUUACGGCGGGCAGACAAAACCUGUUUUCCGCAAAAAGGCAAAGACGACGAAGAAGAUUGUUGUGAAAAUGCAGUGCGUCGAGUGCAAACGCAUCGUUCAGCGCGUUCUGAAACGCUGCAAGCACUUUGAGCUCAGCGACGUCCAGAAGACGAAAGGUGGACCUGCUUUCUAG